AUGCUGGCGGAAAGAACCAGUUUUGCGGACAAUGAGAUUUAUGCUUUUUCGUAUUUUUACGACAAAUUUGCCGAACCAUUUGGGCUCGUAUCGGACCUUGGAUUUUCAGUUGGCCAGAUUCGGGCAGCGGCAGAAAAGGUGUGCGCGGGGAAACUCUCUCCACAAGAGAUUUCAAAGAUGGCCGGUGAGGAAGCGGCGCAACUAUUUUCGGAUCCCGAGUGGUGUACGGAUUUGGGCUUCAUCUACGGCCUUCUCAGCAUUGGAUACGAGAUUCCAGACGAUAGAGUAUUAAAGACGGCGAAGAAGAUCAAUGGGGUGGAGACGGGAUGGAGUCUGGGAGCGGCUUUGAAUAUGGUAGACGGCUGGGGUAAGGAAGGCCGAGGAUUGUGCGUGAAGGCUUUACCCGAUGAAUCAUGA